GGGGCCUGUAGGACGUGCCCUGAGGCCCGGGGAGUCCCCGCGGGGCCUUGCGCUGCCCUUGUCCGCCCCGCGGCCGCUGCGCCUCCAGCCCGGACGUGCCCCGGCAGAAACCCGCGCGCCCUGGCAGCCGUGGCGCGCGGCGGGGUCCGGCACCGGGCAGCGCCGGACCCAGGGGCGCCUGUGGGCGGGAGGGACGGACGGGCAGUGUGUGUGUGUGUGUGUGUGUGUGACAUACUUUGUGCGUGUGUGUGUGUGUGUGUGUGUGUGUGACAUACUUUGUGCGUGUGUGAAAUCAACAGAAGUGUCAGCUUGGAAGGAACGGACUCCCAGUGUUUCCCCAGAAGCAGUUACCUAUGAAUAUGCCCGGUGUAUGAGUGUAUGUGCACAUCUAUACACACACACAUAUAUAUAUCUAUAUGGUGUGUCAUGUAUACAAAGCAGGGUGCAGGCCCCGGGGCAAAUCAGCCUGUCCAGGGCCCUGCCCCCGAAUGCGAGGAAGCUGGCAGUGGAUUUCAUGGCGAGGGCGGGGUGCCGAGCUACCACGUGCUGGGGGCCGGCAGUGGUAGCGUGGAGUCACUGCUGCCAUGGUGCCCAGCUUUGCAGGGCCCCCUGAAGUGCAGGGCCUGGGGCGGUCGCCCUGAUUUGACCCCCUGCCCCCGGACAGAGAGGUGUGUGUGUGUGUGUAAAAAAAAAACGCACACACACAUAUACAGAUAUAUGUUUAUGUAUGACCAAACAAGGAGCAAUGGCUUCGAGUUGCAGCAAGGGAAGUUUAGGUUAGGUAGGUGGAUAUUAGGUAGAGCUUUCUCAUUACCCACAGAGGUUGUGGAGUGUCCAUCCUUAGAGGUUUUUCAGACCUGGGCAUACAAAGCCGUGGCUGGGAUGAUCGGGUUGGGGAUGGUCCUGCGUUGAGUAGAGGGUUGGACUAGGUGACCUCUUGGGGUCCCUUCCAACCCUCAUUUUCUGUGAUUCUAUACUGGUAUGUACAUGGGCAGCAUCCUGCCAGAAGCAGUGAUCUGUGAAUGUAGCAGUGGGUGUGGGAGGGUGUACACGUAAAUACCAGUAUGUUCAUGGAUCACUGCUUCGGGGGGGUGCGGUGUGCACUGGGAGUCCAUUCACGCAUGACAUUUCUGUUGAUUCCACUGGGAAUUCUGCCUGUGUGAUUCCAUGAUCUGACCUUAAAUUUGUGUGUUUUUGAGAUGGUUGCCCCUGCCAAAAAAGACUAAAUGGUAGUGCCUUAGAAGUGUCAGGAGUGUUUCUUGGAGAUGGAGAGGGGACAGAAAUUUAACAGGCUCCAGAUAGAUAAUUGUAUGGAAUUUGGUUGGAUCUUAAAACAUCUUUCGCUUUAAAAACCCAAACUUUAGCUAAGUGCUUGUGGUGCCCUAUUUCUGAACAGGAAAAAUGUUAAAUUGCAUAGUCUCCUACAUUUAUUUUUUUAUCUCGUUAGCUGUUGGUGAUCAUAUUAAAAUAAAUGCAUUGCAUAUUUGCAGUAAUCAAGUUAGAUAGAUUAGGAUUUAGACCCUAGAUGUUUUGGAAACUCAUGUGUGAAUUCUAUGAACUUUCAUUGGAAAUCUUCCUGUUAGUCACACCCAGAGAAGACCUGCUUUGACUGGCAGCCAAGACUCAUUUCAACUGUCAACACUAGCUGUAAUUAGUGGUUCAUGCUCUGUAAAGCAGUAUGUCUUGGUUGCUGUGCAAAUACUAGAAUCAAUGUAAACAAUAAUGCCAUCAUUUUUAGCAAUAAAAAGAUUCAAAACACUGUUUGAAUCUAUACAGGUAAAAUAAUUUGACUUUCAACUGAAAAACCCCAUUUGAUGAAAAUGGAGCAUGAGAGGCCAGAGUAAGAAUGUCCAUAAUUAUUGUAAUUUGUAGGAGCAGGACAGUUCAUCACAUAUUUUCUGGUUUACUGAGGCUGGUGACAGGUUUUUAAUAUAUUUACAUACAAAGGGCUUGGGGGUAAGGCUUUCUAAUAAGCUGUCUGUUGCAGAACCAAUUUCUGUAGCCUUCCACAAUUACCUAGACUGUGAAAAUUGAGAAAUGCAUGAGAGUUCAUUUGUUUGUAUAGAAAGGUGGGUGCUUGGCUGUGUUUUAUCGUCUGCACUAUCAUUUAGUGCUCUGAUUCUGUACUUGAAAAUAAAUGGAUGGGGUGGGUUAAUGACAGUUUAUAAGUGCUACUUACUGUCUGGUAUCUUCAGAGGUAUAAGAAAAGGCUUUAAAAAUAAAUGCAUUUUUUUCCAGAGAAUGCAGCUUCUUGGUAAUAGCUGCAGGCUAUUUUCAUGACCUCCUGGAAUUUCCCAGCUGCUUAUUGUAAACCAGCAAAUGAAAAACUCGGCGUUUUGCUACUAGGCAGCAUCUUGACUAGCACUGCUGCUGAUGGAGAGAAACAGGACUUGGUAGUUCACUUGAAUGCAAAAUAUUCAGAAGAAAUAAUUUCUCUGGAUCUGGGUCAAUUCUACCAUGGACUCUUCAUCUGUUCAGCAAGAUGUCCUAUUGGAGAACAGAGGUAGCAAUGUGGCCUCUAGCAAUUCUGAAGGACUCGUGGAUUGCAAGGCCAAACUGGAUCUGCCAGUUGAAGCUACCAGUAUUAAGAUCAAUGAAGUGCCAAAAGAAGGGGAAAGUCUGGAAGUAAACAGUAAAGGAGAUGCCUGCCAGAAUGGGCCAGAGUCACACUGUCCUGACUCCCUUUUGUCUUUUGACUCCACCAGCAGCCCCCAAGGUCAAGAGCCAUCUCCAGGUGUGGCUGGUUUCCAUGACAACCUAAGGAGGUCUCAGGGAACUAGUGCUGAGGGAAUAGUUCUUAGAAAAGAAGCUUUGCAGUCCCUCAAACUAAGUCUUCCCAUGCAAGAAACUGAAUUGUGUUCAGCAGAAUCUUCACUCCCCUUAGAGAAUGAAGAACAAAUCAGACUUCAAGCAAGACGGCGUCUGGAAGAGCAGCUGAAACAAUACAGAGUGAAGAGGCACCAAGAAAGAUCUAAACAGUGUAUACCCAAAAAUCGGCCCUCAAGUACACUAGAUCCUGAGCUGAUGUUAAAUCCAGAAAUCUUGCCAAGAGCCAGCACUGUAGCUAUGACGAAAGAGUACUCCUUUUUGCGGACCAGUGUCCCCCGCGGGCCGAAACUGGGAAGCCUGGGACUUCCAGCAAAUUCAAAAGAGAGAAAAAACUCUAAAUCUUCCAAAUCAAGUAAAAUCCGGUCUUUGGCUGAUUACAGAACAGAAGAGCCAGACCCUGCAAAUACUAAUCGGAAUUUUUUGACUCCAGAUUCAUUUGGUGGGUCUCUGAAGCAGAACAGAAGUAGUUUGACAUCAGUUGUGUCUGAGAUCAGUCUGCCCUCUGACGCAGAUGAUCGACUGGAGAAUUCCUCAUUGGCAGGGGACAGUGUUUCUGAGAUUGAUGGAAGUGAAGUUGGAAUGAGGCUGGAUGGAAAUGAAAGUGACAGCUCUACCUACAGCAGUGUGUCAGGAAAGGGGCUGUACAGUAUUUUACAGAAUGCAGAAGGCAAACAAGAUACUUCAUACAUGAUAAAUGGCCAGAAGAUUCCUUCUGAUGCAGUGGGCCAAUUUCCUUCCAUCAGGGAGGUCUUACAGGCUGCAGCUGCAGAGCAUCAUGCCCAGGAGCAGGAAGUUAAUGGGGAAGUACAGAGUCGGAGAGAUAGUAUUUCCAGCAGUGUCUCUCUGGAAAGCUCUAUCGCAGGAACUCAUGAUGAAGUGUUGCAGGUCCUAAAAGAGAAGAUGAGACUAGAAGGACAGCUAGUAGCACUGUCAUUAGAAGCAAAUCAGGCACUCAAAGAGAAGACUGAACUACAAGCGCAGCUUGCAGCUUUGAACAUGAAGUUUCAAGCACAGAUGGAGCACAGCCAGAGUAGCCAACAGAAGCAGGAGUUCCUGAGCUCGGAAGUGGCCACAUUAAAGCAAUCCUGCUGGGAUCUGGAACGAGCUAUGACUGACUUGCAGAAUGCUUUGGAAGCCAAGAAUGCCAACUUGGCUUCCUCGAAUAAUGACCUUCAGGUGGCAGAGGAACAGUACCAAAGACUCAUGUUAAAAGUUGAAGAUAUGCAAAAAAAAGUUCUCAGUAAGGAUAGCACAGUUCAUGAUUUGCGACAACAGUUGGCCUCCUUACAGAACCAGCUUCAGCAGGUACAGUUAGAACGGGCCACGCUGACUAAUAAGCUGAAAACAUCUGAAAGAGAGAUCACAUCGCUGCAAAAUGUACGGCAGUGGUAUCAUCAUCAGUUGGCAUUGGCACAGGAGGCUCGUGUUAGACUACAAAGUGAGAUGGCCAACAUACAGGCUGGGCAAAUGACCCAAGCAGGCAUGUUGGAGCACCUCAAACUGGAGAACGUGACGUUGUCUCAUCAGCUAACAGAAACCCAGCACAGAUCCAUUAAAGAAAAAGAACGGAUUGCAGCACAACUGCAAAAUAUUGAGGCCGACAUGGUAGAUCAAGAAGCUGCAUUCAUACAGAUUCAGGAAGCAAAGACCAUGGUGGAAGAAGACCUGCAGAGAAAACUGGAGGAAUUUGAGGAUGAGAAAGAGCAACUUCAGAAAAUGGCUGAUUCUGCAACAGCACUGGAGCUAGAACUUGAUCAGGUGAAACUGACUUUGCAUCAACGAGAUCUGCAGCUUGAAUCUUUACAGCAGGAGCAUCUUGAGCUCAUGAAGCAACUUACCCUAACUCAAGAGAGAUUGCACACCAAAGACCAGUCCUUGAGUGACCUGCAAACACGAUAUGAUGAGCUGGAGGCCAGGCUAGAAGAGUUUCAAAGUGACACUUCUUCCAAGGAUGACAUGAUCCAAUAUUUGCAGAAAGAGAAGAUUGUCCUUGAAGUAGCUCUGCAAACAGCGAAAGCAAGCAGAGAAGAACUUGAUGAAGGGGCAAAACGCCUGGGAGAAGGUACAGAGGCAACAUCAGAGAUAUUGGAACAACUGAGGCAAGAAAUAGCUGUAAAAUCUAGCCAGGUGGAAAAUCUGCAACAAGAAAGUGCCAGCUUGAAAAAGCAGACCCAAAAGGUAAAGGAACAGUUCCUGCAGCAGAAGGUAAUGGUGGAAGCUUAUCGAAGAGAUGCAAGUUCAAAGGACCAACUGAUUAGUGAACUGAAGGCUACAAAGAAAAGGCUGGACUCAGAAGUGAAAGACUUAAAACAAGAGUUACUAAAACUUCAGGUUGAAAAGCAGUCCACUGAGGUGGAGCAUUCAAAGCUACAGAAAGAAGUGACCCAGGUUCACCAGCAGAUGGCGGAGUUGGAAAACCAUCUUCAUUUGGCACAGAAAGAGCGGGAUGACAUGGAGGCACAUCUACAGUCUUUGCAGUUUGACAGGCAACAAAUGACAUCUCUUGCUGAGGCAAAUGACUUAUUAAAACUGCAGGUGGAACAAAUGCAAGAAGAAGCUAAAAAGGCCAUUACUGAACAGAAACAGAAAAUGAAGCGCCUAGGUUCUGAUCUGACUAGUGCACAGAAAGAGAUGAAAGCAAAACACAAAGCUUAUGAGAAUGCAGUUGGCAUUCUUAGCCGCCGGCUGCAGGAAACCCUCACAGCAAAGGAAUCUGCCGAAGCAGAGUUGAGCAAGCUAAAAGCACAGAUUAUUGAUGGAGGAAAUAACCAAGUUUCCCAGGAAAGGAUUCAAGCUCUGGAGACAGAGUUGCAAGCUGUUAGCAGCAGUAAGACAAUGCUGGAGAAAGAGCUGCAAGAAGUUAUUUCACUUACCAGCCAGGAACUGGAGGAAUACAGAGAAAAAGUAUUAGAACUUGAGGAUGAGCUUCAGGAAUCUAGAGGCUUCAGGAGAAAGAUAAAACGGCUUGAAGAAAUAAACAAGAAGCUGGCCCUUGAGCUGGAACAUGAGCGAGGAAAGCUCACAGGGCUUGGUCAGUCCAAUGCUGCUUUGAGGCAGCACAACAGCAUCCUAGAAACAGCAUUAGCAAAAAGAGAGGCAGAUCUGGUACAGCUGAAUCUCCAGGUUCAAGAAGUCCUGAAGCGUAAAGAGGAGGAGGAUCAGCAAAUGAGACAACUUAUUCAAGCCUUACAGACUGCCUUAGAGAAAGAGAAGUCAAAAGUUAAUGACCUCAAAGAACAGGUUGCAGCAGCCAAAGCAGAUGCAGCACAUAACCGCCGUCACUACAGAGCGGCUAUCCUUGAACUGAAUGAAAUUAAGAAAGAGCUACAAGCCAAAGAACUGCUUGUCCAAGCCCUUCAGGCUGAAGCAGACAAACUGCAGGCUGAGGAUGAGAAACAUUCCCAAGAAGUGUCACAGUUUCAGCAAGAAUUGGCAGCAGCCCAGUCUCAGCUUCAGCUUCUGCAGAAACAGCUGGAUGAACAACUUAAUAAACAACCUGUAGUAAACCAAGAGGUUGAAGACCUCAAGUGGGAGGUAGAACAGAAGGAAAGAGAAAUUCAAACACUAAAGCAACAGUCGGACAUGACUGAACAGCGCAGUCAAAAGGAGUUAGAAGGAAUGCAGCUGGUACUGCAGAAUAUCAAGACGGAGUUGGAGAUGGUACGGGAAGAUCUGUCAAUGACUCAGAAGGACAAGUUCAUGCUUCAGGCUAAAGUGACUGAACUGAAGAAUAGCAUGAAGAGUCUGCUGCAGCAGAACCAGCAACUGAAGAUGGAUCUGAAGCAUGGGAAGAUAAAGAAGAGGAAGGAACUGAAAGGAGAGACCAAUUCAAAUCCUGUGACACCAGUGAAGAUUCCCGAUUGUCCUGUCCCUGCCGCACUGCUGGAAGAGCUGUUGAAACCACCAACAGCUGUGAGCAAAGAACCUUUAAAAAACCUGAACAGCUGUCUUCAGCAAUUGAAGCAAGAAAUGGAUAGCCUUCAGCGCCAAAUGGAGGAACACACUAUUACAGUACAUGAAUCAAUGUCUUCAUGGACUCAGAUUGAAGGGCAGUUAAUGGACCUUACUUCUAUCUGUCCCACAGCUGCAUCAAGUGAGCAGGACAUUCCUGUUGUAGACAAACAGGAACGGAAUCAUAAUGCUGGUGACAAGGAAGCAAUGAAACAAUGACGUCCUCACUGGUUGUUUUGCUUCACAACUGCUUUAAGUGUGUAAAAGAAUCUCUAUUUAUUUGUUGUAUUUUUAAUGGAGUUUAGAUUUCUGCUUUUGCCUUCAACAGCAACAACAACAACAAAAAGAAAAGAAAAAUUUUGGAGGGACUGGCAAAACAUUUAUUGCACAGUGCUGUAUUGAGGAGUUCCUGUAAAAUCAUUCACCUCACUGAAGUAAUGAAAAUUGGGGAGUGGAGGGUGGGAAGGGAACAAAUGAUGAAGUCUAAGGAGCAAUCCAGAGGAAGGAUUGAAAAUAUUUAUUUAUGAAUUAUAACUAGAGAGAGGCCAACAAGACAGUGUUGUUCUAGAUCUGCAUCUGUUUAAUUGGGUUAAGAGAGUACCGCACUCUUGCAACAUCAGAUUUUUUCCCAAGCUUUCUGCUGCAUCUACAUUACAUCUGGAAAAGUAAUGAUUUCCUUCCAUUUUCAACUCUAAAGAUUUUGAAAAUCAGAUUGCAGGUGUCUGGGUUUAAGAUUUUUGUCUGAAUCCAUCUCUAAUUAUGAAAAACAGCUUUGAGCUUUGCUAAAGGAAAGAGGCUUCAAAAUAUGACUGGUGCAGGCCAGGUAUUAACUGGCAAAUCUGCCCAGGAUGUUUUCUGGAGUGUGGUGAUUGUCUUCUUGCAGUACAGGCCAGUAAGGAGCUUUGCUUCACUGCACAUACACACUUUUUUUCUUUGCACCUUUUUGGUUAGGUUUUGAAGUAGACAUACCUGAUAAAGGUCUGUAUAUACAUAUGAAAAAUCAUAAUUUCCUGACCUAAAGUAUCAGUUUUAAUAUUUUAAUAUACUUAUAUACUAUAAGUUGGGAUUGACCUGGGUUUUUUGUUACUUAUUAUUUUAAUGUUACAUUUAAGUUUGCUGUUGGACAAUAUUGUACAUAAGGCUUAGGGAAACUAGCCCCACAGCCAGAGCUUUUAGAAAUGUAAUUAUUUCACUGGUAUCUUUCAAAGACAAAAAUGAUAAUGCCUAUAAAAUUUAUUUUUUUUAUUAGCUUUAUCUUCCCCUUCCCUUUCUUGUUUUGCUUCCAGUGUGUGCACAUUGUUCAUGUGUGGGAGCACUGGCACUACUGUGACCUCUUCUGCAGAGGCACCUUGUUUUAUCUAAUGCAAUGUUACUGAAGCAACCUGCCUUUAGAUAUGUUUUUGGCUGGUCCCAUCCAUGCUACAUUAUAGUACAGUGAAAGUGUCCUCCCCUUCUGUGUUUGUUAUUCUGACAUCAGCAUAGACGCAUUUUUUGCCUACUGUACACUUGGAAUCAUGCUGUAGCACACGACAGACUUACACUUAGAAGAAUGAAUGGAUGGUCCCAAGUGAGUGUGCUGUUGUUUUUGUUGAAAGUGAGGAAGAUAAGAUCAGGUAUGUUCUUUUAUAUUGGAUUUUUUUAUCAGUUAGAUAAACAGGUGGAUUAAACAGGUGGACAAAACAUGGAUAGGGUUCUCUUCAAACAAGAAUUAUUCAAAAAAAAUGUAGAUAUAUGCCUACACAGAAAAAUUAUCCUCACCUCUUUUUGUUAGGUGUUCCAGUUCUAUCUCAUUUGAGGGGAUUGGUUUUGGGCAGCUGCUUUAGAAACAAAGAGCCCUGCCUUUAAAGUUUUGCAGUUCUCUUGAUUCAAGGUCUAAGCCAACUAAAUAGUUUGCGCUUACAACAGUGUCUAAACUGACUAAUGGUGGAAUUCCACUACUGUGUUUUAUUUGGUAGGACUGACCUUAAAGUUUAAAAGUCAAGUGUUUCAGGUUUGAGAGGAAAUGAAUGGAUUUAGUGUGGCAUUAGGUGCCCCUCAUGUAGGAUUUCUGAACUGUUUAAAAACGUCAAAAGCUUUACUGACUAGCCCAGACGUGCUAAUGUUUAUAUACUACUAAAGUCUACUUCACAGAGUAAUGGUACUGAUUAAUUUUGCUGCUGUUCAUGUUCUUGAAGUUGCCUGUAUAUUAUGCUCUAAGAGGAAAAAAGAUAGUGUAUUGUUAAUUGAAAAAGUUAAAACUACAUAAUGAAUAAUAUAUUCAGUGCAAAAAAUUAUAUAAGUGUUCAGGUUUUUAAAUAAAAUACCAUUUGUGCGGGGUUAAUGUUUGCUGUUCAUUUUGAUAAAUCAUUAACUACAGGUAAGAAUUUGUUAAGUUUUAAAUUGUGAGCUUGGCAACAUUUGUACAGAUAAGACAUUUUAUCUGGGAUCAAAAAUGCCAGAACUGUAACAAACAUUCGUAGUUCUUCAAAAUGCCUGUCUCUCUCACUAUUAUACUAGUUACUGUAAUGCAAUCCUGUUUCAGGUCAGUGCUGCAUCUUUCUUGUUAGUUCUUUACAAGACACCUGAGUGCGUAUUUGAUACCAGCAACGUAGCCUUAAAUGUAUAGUUUUCCUCUGACAGAAAGAGAUUGUUAAGAUGUAUUAGUUAUAUGAGAACUGAUUUCUUCUUUACCCCACUCCUCAUCUGUGUCUGAGAGUACUCAGUUUCCUUAUCAGGACCCUUAUCAUAACCAUACUUCUUUUUCUUUUAGUAUCUAUCACCUAUUAUAAAAUCAAAUACAAAACGGCAUCUCCUGACCAAAGAACAAUGGAUGAAACUUGAGGACCUAAUUACAUGAGAUGUUGAGUACAGCCAAGGCUUACUAAAAUAACAGGACUUGUGGGAAGUCAACAGCUCCUGCAGGUGCUCCACAAAUGAUUAGGCCUUUCCCUUGUAACCCAGCAACUCUCUUCCUUAAUUAUUCUGUAAGGUGGUUGUUUUUGUGUUUCUUUAAAAGAAUUCUCCUUUUUACCCUGGGAUGCUAAGUAUGUUCUCUCUACAGCAGUCUCCUAAGAGUAGGCGUGGGGAAAAAACUUGGUUCCUUCUUUGAAACAGCCCCAUUAAGAGGAAAAUCAGUGCCUCAUUUAACAUUGAUGUGCUUUUAGAAUUGUUUUCAGUAGUGGAAUGUAUUUUGUAAAUCUUUUCCCCCACUCUGGUAGUUGCAACUUUUCCAGCCAAAUCAUAUGGAAGAGAGAGAAAUUAAUGUUGUUGUACUGUAAGAGUAUUUUAAGUGAUAAAUGUUGGUAGAAGCUGCAGCACUCCUUUAUAAAACAGUGUUGCUUUUUGGAAGACACUUAAAACAGCUGUGCGUUAAACUGACUUUGGAAAUAAAUUAGUUACCGAAUCUACUAUUGCUAAAUGUUGCACGAAGCUCAAUUCCACUGUCUUCCAGGUUGCUUGGAAAUUUUUAUAUACUGUGUUAGGUUAAGUCAGUCCUUCCAUUUCUUGUGCAAAGAGGGUCUGAUCCCAUAUUCUUCAAUCAGGCAACAUAUCCCUAUUGAAAAAAGUAGGUGUUCCACGUAUGUAAGGAAUAAAAAUGUGUGCUCAGAAUGGAAAUUUUAGUGCACACAUCUUUACGUAUGUGAAAUAUAGUAGUGUGGGUGUUUAAAUAGAGUUAGUUAAGCCAUCCCUUACAUGCAUUACUGAUGAUUAUUCUUGGCCAUAUAAAUGAGACUCUAGAUGGCAUCCUUACUACUUGUCUAAGCGAUGCACAAGCUGUGAGGCAUGUUAUCUUAAUUUUGGCAAUGCAGUGUCAAUUUUUUGCAUGUCAUGUCUAUUGUGACCAUAAAACUUUUUUUUUAUGGUUGUGUUUUUCCUGAGAAAGCAGCGACAGUCUCAAGAAGCCAUUAAUGCUAGCCAGCUGGAAAAUGGUCACACUUGAUUUCUAAUAAAACAGAUAGCUUCAGCCCUAGAAAGUUCUCUCAACUAAGAGCAGCCUUGUCCAUUACAGAUGCCCAGAUUUUUUGUUCCAAGUACUGUAAAAGUUAAACUGUCAUGUUUUAUACAUGGUUUUCAAUAUUCUAACGUCUGUUCAAAUGGUGAAGUAUAAGGACAAAAAGGUAAUCAUUUCAUAAUGGUUUUUAAGUGGGAAACCAGGGGACAAAGGAGUUAUGUACAACUAAAGAUUCUGACCUUACAAAGCAUGUUAAUUAAAAAAUAAAUAAAUUGUGCAUAGGAAUUCCUUUAAACAUUUUGUGCAAUAAACUAUUUUUGGUAAA